AGGUGUUAUUGGACGUAAAAUCAAUGUGAAUGUUGUCUACCUUGUUAUCGCCGCUGGGUCUGAGUCGGAGUCUGAAGCGAUCGCCUUCUCUCCCAAAGCUAUCAACAAAACCUUGGAAAGCAGUGUGUGAAAUGGAGGCAACCAAGCAACUGAGCUUCGAUUUUCUGACGAAGAAGCCCUAUGCUCCUCCUUCCUGGGCCUCCCAUCUCUCCCCUAUUCCCUCUCACGUCUUCUCCCUCGCUCAUGUGCCUACUCCUAUUCAUAAGUGGAAUCUUCCUAAUUUACCUAAAAACACUCAACUCUGGAUUAAGCGUGAUGACCUUUCUGGAAUGCAAAUGAGUGGUAACAAAGUCAGAAAACUGGAAUUCUUGAUGGCAGAUGCUGUAGCCCAGGGCUCAGACUGUAUUAUAACGAUAGGAGGCAUCCAAAGCAACCACUGCCGAGCAACUGCUGUAGCUGCAAAGUAUCUGAACCUUGACUGUUAUCUUAUACUUCGUACCUCUAAGGUUCUUGUAGACAAAGAUCCCGGAUUGACGGGCAAUCUCUUGGUUGAACGUUUAAUUGGAGCUCAAAUUGAACUUGUUUCGAAAGAAGAAUAUGCAAAACUUGGGAGUGUGACUCUUACCAAUCUGCUAAAAGAAAGGUUACUGAAGGAAGGGAGAAGGCCGUAUGUCAUUCCUGUUGGUGGAUCAAACUCCCUAGGAACCUGGGGCUAUAUUGAAGCAAUUAGGGAGAUUGAGCAGCAGCUUCCAACUGGGACUGAUGAAGUAGGAUUUGAUGAUAUUGUUGUCGCAUGUGGCAGUGGGGCUACAAUUGCUGGUCUAUCAUUGGGAUCUUCACUCAGUAACUUGAACACAAAAGUGCAUGCAUUUUCUGUUUGUGAUGACCCAGAUUACUUCUAUGACUAUGUUCAAGGCUUGCUUGAUGGACUCCAAGCUGGUGUUCGCUCACAUGAUAUAGUUGACAUUCAAAAUGCCAAAGGAUUGGGUUAUGCAAUAAAUACCACUGAAGAGCUUAAUUUUCUUAAAGAAGUGGCUAUUUCCACUGGCGUUGUCCUCGACCCAGUUUACAGUGGAAAAGCUGCUUACGGAAUGAUUAAGGACAUGGCUGAGAAUCCCUCAAAGUGGGAAGGGAGAAAUAUCCUCUUCAUACACACAGGCGGACUCCUUGGGCUUUAUGACAAGGUUGAACAGAUGGAAUCAUUGGUGGGGAAAUGGUGCAAAAUGGACAUCGAUGAUUCUAUCCCAAGGGAAGAUGGUAUUGGAAAAAUGUUCUAGUAAAAUAAUUCAUGCUUGCAUCUCUUCAAUCUCCACCUCAAAUUCCAGAUUAGGUAUGCGUCUCAUUCUCUCGUAGUGUGAUGAAAUAUGCUCAUAAACUCACUUUUAGAAUUGUAACCAUUGAGAUAUUGCUAUAUGCUGUUCUGGUUUAUCUCGUCUGUCUGUCUCUCUCUCU